GUGUGCAGGAUAUGAAACGCCGCACAAACGCUUUCAACUCACGACUACUCGUCGAUCCGACGUUCAAAAGCGAAUUCGAAAGCGGUCGCAAGGGUUUCUUGGGAUCAUCGUCAUCUCAGCAAAAGUUGACGGAGUCAAGCCGGACGAAAUUCAUUCGCAGCGUCCUGACAAGCUGAAAAGAUGGCGUCUCGAAUCUACGAUCAGAUCAUCUUGUUCGGUGACAGCCAAUUCGAACAUGGGGACUUGCUGGUGGGCUUGCUGCAGACCGCGUAUCAGCACAAGCUCGAGGUUGUGAAGCGAGGCUUUAGCGGUUACACCACUCGAGAAGCGCGAGCCAUCGUUCCUCACGUUUUCCAACAGAGCGAUCAGCGUGAAGUCGGCGGGAAAGCGGCCCUCGUCGUCGUUUGGUUCGGGACCAACGAUGCCAAAUUGAAAGGAACUUCGCAGCACCGUCCAGUCAGCGAGUUCGAAGACAACAUGAAAGCGAUGCUGCAAGAAAUCGAGGAGAGAUGUGGAGCUGGGGUGCCCAUUCUUGUGCUUACUCCAGCACCUUGCCUCGACAGCCUCUCCGUACCUAGCAAGCACAACAUUACAGCAGCAUCGCAAGAGAUCAGUGGCGCUGGUGUGAAGCUCGUCGCCGGUCUGAGCAAGAGCAACGUCAAGCCGGUCGAGAUGAUGCGAAUGCUCGACGAUGCCAAGAAGCGCUUCAACGGCCUGCACGACUACAUAGUCGAGGAUGGCCUACACAUUCGACCUGAGGGCUAUCACGUGAGCAGAGGGACGUGAUCGAUUCAUGGCGGCACGCUAGCUGAAUUUGACCUCUUGUGCAUCCGGAUGCACUAGUGGAUCUUCCAAGUGAGCGUGACGUGGCUGGUGAGAUACUGGCACGAACUGAAAUAGAAAUGCUGACAAUGUGGAUUGACCCUCCAUCCUCCAAUAGACGCUGAUGGAAGCCAUCUCGACGCACUAUCCCUCCCUGAAGCCGUGGAACC